CGCGACCGUAGACGCGCGUCUAUAGCUCGCAAUAUUAAUUACAUGUUUUAAUUUUUUUCUUUAAUUUGGAUUUAAGUUUGUUAUUGUGAAAGUAAUUCAAGGAAUAAUGUCUUCGGAUCCUGCUCCGUUGUCGAAAACAGCUAAAUACAAAAAGAUAACAAAACCACUGCUUGAGAGGAAACGGCGUGCGCGCAUCAAUCGCUGCUUAGAUGAACUUAAAGACCUCAUGGUCGGUGCUUUGGAGAUCGAUGACGACAACUUAAGCAAGUUGGAAAAGGCAGACAUCCUUGAGUUAACCGUUAACCACCUUACCAAGUUACACAGCCCUAAAGAUCCAGUUGUAGAGGCGAAGAAGUUUCAAGCUGGAUUCGGACAAUGUGCGGCGGAAGCAUGCCGUUUCAUAAUGUCGGUACCGGAUUUAGACUCAAAAGUCAGCCAAAACUUGAUUAGCCAUUUAUCGCGACUUAUUACUGCCCAACCUCUCACAAUCCAAGUUCCAGACAGACCACCAUUUUCACCACCGAUUUCCCCUUCUUCUGUAGUGUCGGAUAGGCAACAUUAUUAUAGUGAUCACGACAGAUCUUCAUCAGACGCAGAAGACUCAAUUUAUUCAGGAGACGGAGUUCCAAAACAAUGGGCAUACCCCAGGUCGAAUGCAACCGUAACACGCAAGACACCAAUGACGGGCCUUCUUACGACUGUAGAUAAAAUAGCUCCCCAACAAGUAUCAGACAAUGUUAACGGUCAGGGACAUAGAAACAAUACAUAUUUCAACAGAGUUCCAGUUGAAGCCAAAGACGUUAUACUCCAAAAGAUUCGACAACAUAUAAUGGAAAAACGCAGUAAUGAUAAUAACUCAGACACGCAUAUCAAUGUAGAUGAGCAAGACUCAAGAUAUUCCUAUAAAAACGAGUCUUAUAGAGGUGAAACAAUGCAGCACUGUGCUGCAAUGAAUACUCCUAGCAACGAUACAUUGGAUCUUAGAAAAUUCAGAUCGCCAUCGAGAUCUUCCGAAACUCACUCACCAAAAACAUUGGUUGCAUACCACGCUGUUAAUCAAUUAGACACGACUCCUUUGGUUGAAAGCAAAGUAGAGGUGGCCAAUCUUCCGGAACAAUGCGAAUUGCCGAUGGAUUACAGCAACUUACCACCAAAAAAGAAAAGAAAAUUAAUCGAGUACCAGGAGUACAAAAAGCAAGAAGAGGCGAGGCGUCAACUGGAGGCUUUUUAUGCUGAGAAAAAAGAAUACCACGCUAACGAAUCUACAGCAGACGAUGACGCCAAUAAGUGGCGUCCUUGGUGAAGAACUCCUCAUUUUUGGGGGACAUUCGCAUAUUGUGAUAUUAUUAGUCUCUUCCAUGACAAAGCUUUAAUUUGUUUUAAUUUAUAUUAUAUAGAAUUAAUUGAACGAUUGUGCCUUAAUUUUAUACAUUAAUUAUAGUGUGGUAAUAUUAUGUAUGUUGAUGACAUUUAGAUGUAUUUAUGUGCCAUUUAUUUGAUCUCGAUGUCUUCCUUUAUGAAUAUUAAAAGCUUGCGAUAGUUUUUAAGUAUUGGUGUUAAUUAGUUAUGCCCUUUUAGUUACACUCGUAACUUCUAAUAUUGUAAUUCGAAAGGAGUAAUUUAAAUAAAUGAUAU